AGAAGAAAUCAGAGGUAUCGAAGUGAUGUGGUUGUUUUAAAGAACGCAAUGGAAUCAAUAAGAAUCCUUCUUUGCAAAAUAUGGGCGAUGGUUCUUUUGACGGCUUGUACUGUCCUGGCCUACAAGGAAUUAGAUAUUCCAGGAAACACGAGACAAUUCAUUGCUACGGUGAAUAAUAACUGUCGAGACUUUAAUGGGGUGCUGACAAGAUGUCACAAGUGGAAAGAUAUGGGUUUCUGCUUCAAAUAUCGUCGACAAAUGCAGCACGUUUGUAACAAAACUUGCCAGUACUGUGUUCCAGGCCAAAAACAAUGGCAAGUGAUAGAUAUAAAGGGAGUCUGGGGGCGAUUAAAGAAACCAGUCAAUGCGCAUGCAUCGUCCACAAAGCCACCCAAGAGACCACCGGUGCAAAUACUGGGAAAAGAGACAACACCACAAGUAGAAGAUGCAGCUAAGGCUAUAGCAACUCAGCUGGAAGGAGAUAUGGAUUACACUGAAUUAUCAGCCUCUUCAAACGCUCUUGGUCUGCUUAAUAAGGCUCGCAUUGGUAUUCAAAGUGCAACGGUACCCACGAAUGAUGAAACAAAGGGAAAAAUGUCAUUCUCUUCAAACGUUUCCUCAGUAGAACGUGAACAAAAAACACAUUCGCCGGAUGGUCCUAUUAUUAGCGGAAAAACACAGGUAAGUGAACAGCCUGGUAAAGGAACGAAUCCUGUUGUGCUGCUAAUGGGAUAUGAACUCGGAGAAAAGUCAAGUCGAAGGGUGUAUGAUGUUCUGAACAACUCUACCAAUUUCCUGGCCUCUGAUCCAGGAACAAAGAAUGAUUUAGGUCCUCAUGACGCGCUAAUUUAUGAUAAGCUGUUAGCACUGAGAGACAAUAGUAGCUCUUAUACUAAGGCCGCCCAGGAACGUAAAUCGCCCAGCAGCAGGAUUCCCACAGAAAAUAACGUCCCUGAGUCGGACUUAAAGGAGAUUGAAGGGUUCUUAGAUAAUGCAGCCUCCGUAAACGAGCGCCUCCUGCCAGGUGUUGGUAAUCAAUACAUGCAUGAAGAAAUGAAAGAAGGUAACACAGAUACAAAUACUUUGAAAUUAAACUUGGCUGCACAGAGUCUAGACUCUCAUGAGAUGAGCACUUUACAAAGCAGAGUGACGCACAGAGACGGAGUAAAAAACACAGACUCCAUCUUGCCUAUUAGCUCUGAUGACACAACAGGUCAGCAAGCGUUUGAACACAUAGCAGUGCAUGUACAUCCUAACACUUCCGUGGUUAAUUCAACAAGCAUGGCUGAAAACUUUGUUAAACUCGAUCGUUCAGAGGGAAGCAUGCCAAUAGACUUGAUGUUUGCAGGUAACAAGCAUGGCAAUAAAAACAAUCCUGUUUUACAGAUGAAUUUAUCGUUUCGCAACAAGCCUCGCGUCUCGGAAUCAUCGGGGAAACAAGUCACACUUACCAUCAACGAGCGGCCGGGAACUGGUAAAGCUAUUUUCAAGGUGAAAAACUCCCGUCAUGCUACCGGAGUGAGUUACACUACAGAGGACCGUCCGGGAGGCUUGCCCUCGCCCACUUAUCUACUCCAGACUGAAAACGAAGAGGCCCGAGCUAAGGCAGAGGAAGAGGAAGCUAAAAUCAAAGCGGCCACGAGCGCCAUUAAAAAUGUGAUUAAGUUGUUUGAUCGAGACAGCACUCAUCACAGCCAUACCAGACUCGUUCAAGAGGCCACUCAGGAUUUUCCAGCCGAUGCCAAGUCUAUGGAGGACAGUCGCGAGUUGGCGGCAGAUAUGGCUGCAAGCGAACAUCACGCGGAAGUUGCACAUGCACAAAAUCUGGACCGCGCUCGAGCUAGCGCCGAGGCCCUUUCGCAACAAAAUGUUCCUUAUCUAAGUUCUAGUAAGACGGGUCCUGAGUCACCACCACCAAACUAUGCCGUUGUUAGCAUGAGCGAUUCAAAGGACUGGAAAAGUCUAGCUCACACGCUUGCCACUCAGCUGAAAAGUGUUCUAAAUCAUAUGGAGGAUAGAGAAAAAGAGAACCGUAAUGAAAAGGAGAGGAUUCAAGAAGAGAUGAUGCUUAUGGCUCAACGAAAAAUGAUGGGUAUUGGCCGAGAGGACGAUGAGGGCCCAGAUGAUGACGAUGACGACGAUGACGACGAAAUGAGCAAUAUGGAUGAAAUGGAGAAACGACGUCAUUCUGUGUCCAUUCCCCAAGAGAGAACAACGAUUAGAAACUUACCGCGAAACAGCAGAUUGACUGACCAGAAAUCCUAUCAGGAAAAGCCAAGAAGAAAAUCGAAUGGACUUCAUUUAGCUCACAGAGCUGCGAAGAUAUUAUCACGACUGGAAAUACGCUAUAAAUCGAAGAAGCAGAAACGAAGGCUAACCUCAUAA